AUGCCAAUGGGUUCUUUAAGUGGGCUGCAGCUGCAGUUCAAGACUAGUCCACUUUUUGGCACUGCUCUCCAGCGCCGUGAUUGCAGCGUUGGGACGCAAAGAAUUGUUCUGAAGCCAUGGGUGGUUGAAGCGAAGGCCAAUACUCGGACUGAGAGUGCAAAAACCCGAAAUAUUAGGAUGAGAAAGAAGUUCAAUGGAACAGCAACGAGACCAAGGCUCUCGGUUUUCUGUUCAGAUAAGCAGCUAUAUGCAAUGGUUGUAGAUGACCAGAACAAGAAGUGUUUGUUCUACGCAAACACUUUGCAGAAAUCAAUUCGACAGGAUCCACCCUGUACUACCAUUGAAGCAGCACAACGUGUUGGUGAAGAGAUUGUCAAGGCAUGCAUUGAUCUCGGUAUCAAUGAAAUUUCAUCUUAUGAUCGGAAUGGUUUGGCGAGGGGAGAGAAAAUGCAGGCCUUUGAGAUUGCCAUUUCUCGUCACGGAUUCUUGCCUCGAUAA